UAUACUCGCUGAGCAGCCGGACUCUCGGACGAAACAGUCGGCCGAGCGGACCAAAACUACAUCUUCCACAAGGUCCAGAUCGACGCCUCCCACGUUGACGGGUGUUCCGUACCUCUUUACCGCGCGAAUGGCACCGACGACAAUGAGACUUUGUUCACCGUGGGCCCGAAACCCCGGUAUGAACGGAGUGUCGUCAACUACAUAACUUCACUUCAUCUUGCUCAUUGUACACCAUGAUAAUGACCUGACUUUCAGACCUCUGACCUACGACCUGUCCCUUCAAUCCUGAAGAAAGACGAGACCAAAAGCAUCGUCCGCAAGACAGCAACCCUUUCGCCUUCCCUCAGCACGUGAACAUGUCCGCAAUGGCAAUGCAGCAGGGCCCUCCCUACCCUCCACGCACCGCCGGCCCAGGCGGCCGACCCAGCAUUUACACGGACGUCCCCAUCGCCGCAGUCUUCAUCUGCCUCUACGUCGGCGCCGCCGCAGGCCACAUGACACGCUUCCAACUCAACCGCAAAGCAGGCCACAAAUUCGUCCCCUCCGCCUUACUCUUCGGAUUCUGCAUGUCCCGCAUCCUCACCUGCUCAUUACGCAUCGGAUCCGCAACGCACCCGAACAACAUCAGCCUCUCCAUCGCCGCGGGAAUCUUCCUCAACGCCGGUAUACUACUGGUCUACGUCAUCAACAUCCUCUUCGCGCAGCGCAUUCUCCGUGCACGACAACCAAGCGUGGGUUGGAAUCCUGUGUUGCGAGUGGUGUUUAAACUCAUCUUGGUGCUGAUCGUGGUCUUCCUCUUCCUGCUCAUCCCGUUCAUCGUAGUGACGUUCUACACCCGCAACCCGAGCCUGCUCAACGCCGCGCGACACAUCCAGCAAGCGGCCAUCACCUACUUCCUCAUCGUCACAACACUGCCUUACUGGAUCCUGCUCCUAGCGUUCCGACUCCCCCGCUCCGACCGCGAAGAAACCUUCGGCACCGGAAGCUUGCGAACAAAAGUCCUCAUCCUGCUCGUCGGCACGACACUAGUCGUCUACAACGCCGUCUACAAAGCAGGCACGACGUGGGCUUCACCUCACCCGGUGAACGAUCCAGCAUGGUAUCAGAGCAAAGCAAGCUAUUGGUGCUUCUACUUUGUGCCGGAGGUGUUGGUGCUGUACUUUUAUCUGUUUAUGAGGAUUGAUCGGAGAUUUUGGGUGCCGAAUGGGAGUGGGGAGAGGAAGUCGUAUGUUUUGGAGGGGAAGAAGAUUGAUGAGAAGGAUGGGGAGAGAGAGGAGAGCGUGUGA